AUGUCGCUCGGAAAGACCGCUACACUCAACACUGGUGCCACCAUUCCUCUUCGAGGAUAUGGUACUUGGCAGGCUGAGCCCGGCCAGGUUGGCGAGGGUGUCUACCUUGCAUUGAAGGCCGGUUACCGUCACCUCGAUCUUGCCAAAAUCUACCAAAACCAAAAAGAAGUUGGCGAGGGCAUUCGCAGAGCAUUCCAGGAGUUCGGCAUCAAGCGUGAGGAUGUUUUCAUUACCUCCAAAUUGUGGAACAGCCAAUUCCACCCUGAUGUUGUUGAAGCCGCUUUGGACGACACUCUCCAAGAACUCGGCUUGGAAUAUCUCGAUCUCUACCUAAUCCACUGGCCAGUCGCCUUCAAGUCAAACAAGCAGAUCAACAACCUCUUCCCUCUUCAAGCUGGAAACGAGAAGUUGGUCGAGAUUGACGACGAUAUUUCCAUCCUCGACACCUGGACCGCCGUAACCAAGUUACCCAAGACCAAAGCUCGCGCUGUCGGUGUUUCCAACUACAGCAUUGACCACAUUGAAGCCAUCAUCAAGGCUACCGGUGUCACUCCUUCCGUCCUCCAGAUCGAGCGCCACCCUUACCUCCCCAACCCACCUUUGAUUGAAUACGCCAAGUCCAAGGGAAUUCACAUUACUGCCUACUCGGGUUUCGGAAAUAACUCCAUCGGCUGGCCUCUUAUCAUCACCCGCCCAGAAGUCAAGUCCGUCGCAGAGCGCGCUUCCAAGCGUACCGGCACAACCGUUACUCCUGCUCAGGUCCUUCUCGCCUGGGCCCAGGUCGGCGGCCACAGCGUCAUCCCCAAAUCAGUCACCGCAUCCCGCAUCGUCGAAAACUUCACCGACGUCGAGCUCUCUGCCGACGAAAUCGCUGAGAUUGAUGCUCUUGGAAAGGAGAAUAAGCGCUUUAAUGUUCCCGGUGUCAUUAACGAUCCUCUCUGGCCUGUCAACAUCUUCAACACUGAGGAGGAGCUCGCGCACAAAGACUACCACCAGAUUAUUGUCUCUAAGUAG